CCUACGAUCUCGUGUUAAAAGUUGCUAACUGUAGUCAUUUGUAAACAACAGUCCAAAUCUCGGAAAAGUGAGCUCGAGUUGCAUCCAUGUUUGAUACGCAUUUGUGCAGUUUUUCAAUUAAUUACUAGACUUGUGAUCGAAAGUGCCAAUCUCUGCAUUAAGGAAAUGCAUCUAGUGAAUGCAAAACAUGCACGCAACCUGCAAUGCUAUUGCGAGGGGCACUGUCCCGGAAACAUUCAGAAUGGAACCUGCGAAACGCGUCCGGGCGGAAGUUGCUUUGCCGUCGUAGAGGAAGUGACCGAUGAGGAAACGGGUCUGAAAGUACCGGAAUGGAGUCACGGCUGUAUGUCACCGGAACAGAGCGGUGGUUUGCUACAGUGCAAAGUUGGAAUCCAGUCGCCUCAGAUUCACGGAAAGUCUAUCAUCUGUUGUGAUGAUUCGGAUUUCUGCAACAAAGACCUGCUGCCGGAGUAUGUUCCGAAAACCACUACCCCACCUCCCAAUGCAAAUGUGUCCGAUACCAGCAUACAUACCCUGGCGCUAAUAGCUUCGGUAGUAAUCUGUUCCGUGGCCUUCGUUGUGGUAACGAUUGCGGUCUAUGUGGCUUACAAAAAGCGGGAACGAAGGAAACCGAACUGUCUAAUUGAAUCCGUGAGUGGACCCAAUCUAUCACCACUGGCUGACCUGGUCGAACAAAGUAGCGGUUCCGGAUCUGGACUUCCCUUGUUGGUGCAAAGAACAAUCGCCAAGCAGAUUCAGAUGGUCCAUUCGGUUGGUAAAGGUCGUUACGGCGAGGUUUGGCUAGCUAAAUGGCGUGAUGAAAAGGUAGCCGUCAAAAUCUUCCUUACAACCGAAGAAGCCUCCUGGUUCCGGGAGACGGAAAUCUAUCAAACCGUUCUAAUGCGACAUGAAAACAUCCUCGGAUUCAUUGCGGCCGACAUCAAGGGAACCGGAUCCUGGACUCAGAUGUUGCUCAUAACCGACUACCAUGAGCUGGGAAGUCUCUACGACUACCUUCAGAAGCGGGUCCUAAAUCCUCAUAUGCUCAAAACGUUGGCUCUAUCACUUUCAUCUGGAUUGGCACAUCUUCACACCGAAAUCUUCGGAACACCCGGAAAACCAGCCAUCGCCCAUCGGGACAUCAAGAGCAAAAACAUCUUGGUCAAACGAAACGGCCAAUGUGCCAUAGCCGAUUUCGGCCUGGCAGUUAAAUACUCCAGCGAAUCGGACGAAAUCCAAAUUGCGCCGAACACUCGCGUCGGAACCCGCCGAUACAUGGCCCCGGAAGCUUUGAACGAAACGAUGGACACCAAGCUGUUCGAAGGAUUCAAACAAGCUGACAUGUACUCGCUCGGGUUGGUCUUCUGGGAAAUGGCACGCCGAUGCAUCAGCACCAUUCGUGGCACCAAAAACACAACCUGCGAAGACUACGCACUGCCGUACCAAGACGUGGUUCCAUCGGAUCCAAGCUUCGAAGACAUGUACGCAGUUGUGUGCGUAAAAGGAAUUCGACCACCGAUUCCGCAACGAUGGCAGGACGAAGAAAUUCUGUUAGUAUUAUCCAAGAUGAUGCAGGAAUGCUGGCAUCCAAACCCGGCCGUACGACUAACGGCGCUCCGGGUUAAGAAAACCCUCGUCAAGCUGGAAACGGACUGUUCGAUUAAGAUAGUAUAAGAAGCCGUUAGCGUUGAAGCGCUGAACUAUUUAUUCUACACAACUGUUUCACCCCGCUGUCUGAAAUAGUAGCGUCUUUUUCAGUAGGGAAACUAGCCUAAGCCGAAUCAUAGCAUUAGUGUGUAGUGCGUGGAAUAAUAAGGAUAAAACACUUCAGAUGCCAUAACGUGGACUUAACUGUUUUGAUGUAGGUAGCAAAGCUAGAUUUGCACACACCCACACCGAAAACUGUAUUGUAAAUAGCGCAAUCUCCGCCUGUCGCCACCGGUUGGAACCGAAUUUCAACCUCACCCCGAUAAGCCUUUUCGUUAAUAGAGCUUUUCCCCCUUGGCUUUUAUUUCUUUUUAAAAAAAAUAUAUGUUACUAGCUUUAAGCAUUGUGAAAAGUAAAUUGCCAUAUAGUCGUAAUGGAAGAUUUCACCUUUUUAACUUAGCUAAACACAAAAACACAAACGCAGCUCCAGUGAUUGGACCGAAAAAUUCGAUUGCCUUUAUACUUUCAGACGGAAGACUGAAAACAACCCUUUGCAAGGCCUUUAUUUUAUACAAAGAUGAAAAACGUAAAAACACAUUUUAUUAGACAUUUUCUUCUGUCAGCAGAGGCCUUACAACGCGGUGUCGAUCGUUGGAAAACAAACGUCCAAUAUUAAAAAGUUAAAUUAAAACUCACAAACAAGAAGACGGGAGCCACCCUUUAUUUUUGAAAGGGUAGGAAGCCUUUUAGUUAAGUAAAACGUGGUAAAUAUGUGUAGUAGAAGAAACAAAAACAUGCUUCCAGGCAAAAGUUUUCCCCGAUGGAAACCGUUUCCGUUUCUGGAAAGCAACAACAACGUUGAUGUGCCGUAUUUUUGGAGAACGUAGGCUUUAGAUUUUGUUUGCAUUUUUAGAGCCCGGCUAAACUUCCUUGUAGGCAAAACUUCUUUGCUCCAAACUGUAAAUAUGGUUUCCUACUUUUUAGACAACAGAAAAAAAAUUACUUAUUGGUAAUGUGCCUUCGAAGGAAGUGCAUUUCUGGUAGGAAAGAAAAAAAAACAAAUGUGUACAGAAAGUGUUAUAAAAUAAAAUAAAAACAGCUGAAAACAGAUUUCCUUUGGCCUUGAUCCAAUAACAAAACACGAAAGGAUGUUUCCUUCAAAAGCUGAUUAAAAACAAAUCUAUUAAACAACAAACACUACAAAGCAGUAUAUUUUCCAACGUCUAGGAUUAGAUAAAUGUAAUUUUUACAGCAAAUAAUACAAAUGUAAAGAGAUGCGAUAAGGUGUUAUGUAUUGGAAAGUAUGUUAAUAAUAAAUUUUAAUACAAAUA